AGCGCCACCCCUUCCCAGCCUCCUCCUCCCGCCCGGCUCCGAGGGUGUCCGCGCCGCUCCCGGCUGGCUCUCUUGCCCUGCUGGAGCAAGCGAAAGUUGCAGGUCCCGCGCUGCUGGAAGGCGUGGAGGAGCUGCCGCUGCACCGCCGCCCCGCUGGGAACGCACAUGGCUUCUGCCGCCGCUGCCCCGCUGAAGAGAGCCGCCCGGGAGGCUUUGGCGGCGCUGCUGGGGACUCGGACGGGUCUCCGAGGCGUUCAUCGGGUCAGUGCUUUACAACCAGUUGCACGGCCCACCGCACCUGUAGCAAACCAAAGCUAUCUCAAUGGGGUGUCAGACAUUCCGCUUCUUUCUAAAACUCUGCAUCAAUGCCUGGACGAGACAACCCACCGGUAUCCUGACCGAGAAGCCUUAGUUUUCUCUACAGAAGGGAUUCGAAAGACUUUUGCCGAGUUUAAACAAGAUGUGGAGUUGGCAGCAGCGGGGCUUCUGGCCCUUGGUUUGAAAAAGGGCGACCGGCUGGGAAUGUGGGGUCCCAACAAAUAUGAGUGGGUCCUAAUGCAAUUUGCCACGGCCCAGGCAGGAAUCAUCUUAGUUUCUGUGAACCCAGCAUAUCAAUCCAGUGAGCUGGAGUUUGUGCUGAGGAAGGUUGGCUGCAAAGCACUGGUAUUUCCUACGCAGUUUAAAACACAGAAAUACUAUGAGAUCUUGAAGGAUGUUUUCCCUGAGCUGGAACAGUCUAGUCCAGGAGCAUUGAAGAGCAAGGAGCUACCAGAUCUUUCUGUGGUAAUCUGUGUGGACUCCAAGCUGCCCGGAACAUUCUCAAUGGAUGAUGUGAUGCAGGCUGGAGAAAACAGUCACAAGAAGCAGCUCCAGGAUAUUCAGAAGAAGUUGGACUGCAAAGAACCCAUCAACAUCCAGUUCACUUCAGGAACAACUGGAAGCCCCAAAGGGGCCACACUUUCUCACUACAACAUUGUGAAUAAUGCCAAUCUGAUUGGUGUGAGGAUGCAAAUUGAUGACGGGGAUGGCCGCUGUUGUCUUCCUGUUCCCCUCUACCACUGCCUGGGGUCUGUGGCAGGCUGCAUGGUGAUGGCCAUUCAUGGUGUUUCUCUUGUCUUCCCCUGUCUAAGUUUUAAUGCAAAAGACACACUAAAGGCACUGGACCAUGAAAAAUGCACCCAUCUACAUGGCACUCCAACCAUGUUCAUAGAUAUUCUAGGCCAGCCUGACUUCGCCAAGUACAAUCUCUCAAAUCUUCGGGGAGGAGUCAUUGCAGGUUCGCCAGUGCCUCCUGAAGUUAUGAAGAAGAUAAUCAAGAACAUGAACAUGCGGGAGAUUGUGGUUGCUUAUGGCACUACGGAGAACAGCCCGGUCACCUUCAUGGGGUUUCCUCAAGACAACCUCGUCCAGAAAACAGAAACCGUUGGAUGCAUCUUCCCUCACACAGAGGCAAAAAUUGAGGAUCCCAACACAGCAGAAAUCCUCCCACUCAACAGCCCCGGAGAACUUCAGGUGCGAGGCUACUGUGUCAUGCUGGGAUACUGGGCAGAUCCCAGCAAAACCAGUGAAGUGCUGGACGAUGAGAAAUGGUACAAGACUGGGGACAUUGCUGUCCUUGAUGAGUACGGCUACUGCAAGAUUGUUGGUCGCUGCAAGGAUAUGAUUAUCCGAGGAGGGGAGAACAUAUACCCAUCAGAGCUUGAACAAUUUCUGCACACCCAUCCUAAGAUUCAAGAGGUGCAGGUAGUUGGUGUGAAAGACGAGCGAAUGGGUGAGGAAAUCUGUGCCUCCGUUAGAUUGAAAGCUGGAGAGGAGUGCACAGCAGAGGAGCUCAAGGCGUUCUGCAAAGGGAAGAUCGCUCACUUCAAGAUCCCGCGAUACAUAGUCUUUGUGAAGCACUAUCCGCUCACUGUCUCUGGCAAGAUUCAAAAAUACAAACUGAAGCAGCAGAUGGAGAUGCAUCUUCAGCUUUAAACAGACAGGCAGCCCAAGAGAACCUGAAGUGAAUGUGCCUUCUGACUUACUUUUAUACUGGAGCUCUAAGCAGUUAGGGAGCUGCCACCACCUACCUGCCUCAACAUACCUUGGGGCUACCUGUAACCCAGUCAGCUCUGCUAAAAGUAAUGCUCCUGCUUGGGGAAAAAAAAUGUGUUUCUUUAGUAGAAUUAUUUCUUUGAGUAAAGAAAUCCAUGGCAAACUUGCUUACAUGCACACAGAUUGUUUUUAAACCAAGUGAGAUAUCUUUGAGAAUGGUUUACUGAAAUGAGGUCUCCUGCUCCCAGUAAGGGUGACCAGAACUGGGUCAUUGUGCCUAAUGAAAUCUCAGUAAAUCAGGGAGGGAGUAGAUCUCGCCCUAUCCCCUGGCCUUCUGGAAAGUUAUAUGAUUAAAUAAGUCGGGACCAUCAUUAGUACAAAAAGAGGGACAGGUCCCCGUAAAAGGAUAAUGCAAGAGUGCCAGAAAUUAACAAGUGCUUUCCUAAAACCCAGUGAGUAGGCAUUUUGUGCUACUGAGCACGUUUGCAUGUCAGGCUAACCCAGCCUAGUAAUAAGCCACAGUGGCUUGGUUGUUGUGCAAAGAACCCACAUUGAUCCUGACAGAUAGUCAAGCUAUGGGUUGUUGCUCCCCCCAUCCUCCCCCUUCAGUCCUCCUUGGAUGCCAUGGGAUGCCCCAGUUGUUUGUCAACUUCCUGCCACAACUGUGAGCUGUUUUUGACUUGCCGUGUUUUUCCCCCUUCCCCUUUUUGCACAGUUGCGUAAGUGUGGGGACCUGAAGUCACAACUGGCGCUGUGCACAGCAGAUGCCUGCGGCCAAGGUGGUUUCUCCUUUGGUUUCUCUUGAGAGUUGUCAGAAGAGAAGCAAAGAAACAAAAAGCACAAGUGACCUUUGCUUGUGGAAAUGGAAUGGUAUGAUUUGCAGCCCUUUCACAGCAAGAGCCUCAUUUUUAUCCCAAAGUCACAUGCUAGUGCACGUUUUGUACCCCUUUUUCCAAGUCUCCAGGAAAAUACAAAAUGGUACCCACUCCUUUUUACUGGAAAAGGAGUUUUGACAACCAGCUGUUAAAACUCUGGGUCCCUUUAAAAGGGGGGGGGGCUUUGGAGGGCAGUAGGUAUUCUUUGUCAGGGAAAUGGGGCUGUACUUUGUUAAGUGCAAAUAGAAAGAAAAAAAUAGGAAUAAAUGCAUUAAUUUUAGCACUCUUGCAUUAUCUUUGUGGCACAGUCUUGCUAAGUAUUACCUUUGCUAUUUUUCCUGUUUUUUGUGUGGUAUGAAUUGGCUGCAGUUGAAGCAUCUUUAACCUUUUAUUAGUCAGCAGGAUUAUGCACAUGCUGAAAACAUUUUGAGCAUCUUUCAGAAGUGUGUAGAAGUCAGUGUGGUGAUGGGUGCGGUCUUACUUUGCCUAAGCAUUUGCUUUCUUCUUAGUAGCUCAAAGAGAACACCUGAUCCAUAGAAUCUUACCCUCUGGUUGCUUCAGGGGCAAUUCAGAGGGAAAACUAAAAAUGACACUUGAGAAUCCAUGAUCAGCCUCUUCCGCAUUUGUUUUUCAUUUAGGAGUGGCCAACAAAGGGUGGGGUUCGUAUGACUCAGAUUAGGACCAUGAUGCUGCCGUGAAGAAGGGCUGUCUCUGUCACCUCUCUCUUUUCCUGAUUUAAAUUGCCACCCCUGCAGUAUGUCAUCAUCAUGUAGGAGAUCCAACAUCCGUAGAUCUAUUGAAAUGGACAAGCCUUUUAGUUGUGACUAAAUCCAUUUCCAUGAGUUGAUUCUAGGUAGGACUAAUACUGGAUACUAUCUUCAGACAGGACUUGGGAAAAUGAGGCGGGGGAACAGCUUAACUCUUCCUUCUUCCAGCACUGUGUACACCACUACAGUUGCACCUUUUUUUAAAGCAUGGGAAAUCCUAAUCCUGGAUCUUCCAUGGUACAUCUAAGGUGGCCCACUGAUUUUUCACAUAAAACAUUAUGGGAUGGUAUGGGGAAAACCAAGUUCUGUAGCUUCAGAGGCAUGACUGCAUCCGUGGUCUCUGCCCAGGGAAGAACUAUCUGGACCAGGAGGAGGGAGGACAUUAGAAAAAGACCCCAGAGCUGAGCUCUUUUUUAACUUGGACAGAAAGUCGGAUAUGGGAAGCGACUCCCUGCCACUGAGUGGAGGAGGCAGUUACUGCUCCCAGUACACACUGGUGCAUUAGAACCAUGAGACAAACUUUCCCACCCACUAGAUUUCUCCAAUGUUUAUUUCUGAAUUGAAAUAGUUACAAACACCACAGAAAUGCCAAAGUUCCAAUCCUAGCAGUACUACAAGGAAUGGUUUUUUUUAACAGGAGUAUUUGGCAACUCCCAACCAUGCCACACUGAAUCACAGAGUUUGCCAGGCAAAAUGUCUCUUUUCUGAUUGCAGUAUUCCACACCAGCUGAAUGGUUUUUAGACUGUUGCUGCUCCUCUACCUUCUGUCACCUGUCCUGGAAUUUUAUUUCUGUUACUGUUUGGCUUAUUUUUGUCCAAGGAAAUGCACAGAUCUCUGUACUUUGUUAAUGCUUUCUAAAAAAAAAUCUUGCAUGCUGUAUUACAGUAUGAGUUACUGCGAUACAGAACUGGAUACCAAGCAAAUGAAUAUUCAUUAGCUGAAGUGCUA